CGUCCAACCUCGACAACAUUGUAAAUCAAUCCACUCAUUCACUACGUGUGCAGACUAAUCAAGCUGGAGAGAGACAGAAACUUGUUUUCGUUGCGUCUCUUGUCCGCUUUAAAAGCUCAGAGCCCUGUUUUCUUCUGUCACAGUCGAUCGACUUCCUCAAGAGUGGUCGCAUCGCGAAUUUUCCUUUUGCGUUCAUUUCUUUGCAUUCAAUUGACAUGUUUUCGAUGAAAUUGUGUCGCAAUCGCAGCUGCCGCGAGUUCCUGAGGGAGGCUCGCCGAACUAUCAGCAAAACGUCGACGGACAAGAACAGCGGCGCGAUAUCGCGGGCUCCAGACCACAAACUCAAUGUGGAGAGCGAUUCGACUGGAAGUUACAGCCGAUGGAAGAAACAAAUGCAUCACAACAAUAUUAGGGCAUUGUCGACCAUUCAGCAGAGCAUGAUCAGGCCUGUUCAAAGCAGUGCCCUCGUAACCAAAGAACAGUCAAGGGACUUUAUGGCGCUGUUUCCGGAUCUAGUCCGGGAGCUGACUGAGGUGGGCAAAAGCCAAGAACUUCCUGAUGUCAUGCGCCGCUUUGCCAGGGUUCUGCAAUACAACACGCCUACUGGCAAGAAAAAUCGCGGCUUAAUCGUCCUGUCGACCUACAGAAUGUUGGAAGAUCCGGAAAAACUCACUCCGGAGAAUAUUCGAUUGGCCAGCAUUCUGGGAUGGUGCGUUGAAAUGGUUCAUGCCUAUUUCCUCAUUCUGGAUGAUAUCAUGGAUGGUUCCGAGACACGCAGAGGAGCCCUGUGCUGGUUCCGCCAAUCAGGCAUCGGUCUGACUGCUGUCAACGACGCUGUUAUGAUCGAAAAUGCCGUCUACCUGCUGAUCAAAAGGCACCUGAAAGACCAUCCAAUGUACGUGCCCUUGAUGGAGCUGUUCCAUGAAGGCAAUCUCAAGACCACUUUGGGCCAAAGUCUGGACGCGAUGUGUCUGGAUACGAAUGGAAAACCCAAGCUGGAUAUGUUCACUAUGAGCAGAUAUACAUCGAUUGUCAAAUACAAGACUGCCUUCUAUAGUUUCCAAAUGCCAGUAGCGAUAGCGAUGUAUUUGGCUGGUAUGAGUGACGAGGAACAACACAGACAGGCCAAGACGAUCCUGAUGGAAAUGGGGCAGUUUUUCCAGAUUCAAGACGAUUUCCUGGAUUGUUUCGGCGACCCAACCGUAACCGGGAAAGUGGGCACCGAUAUCCAAGACGGAAAGUGUUCCUGGUUGGCUGUCGUGGCCCUACAACGGGCCAGUCCGGCCCAGCGCAAGAUCAUGGAAGAGCACUAUGGAAGGCCCGAACCAGAAUCAAUUGCGCGAAUCAAGAACCUGUAUGUGGAUUUGUGCCUGCCCAACACCUAUGCCAUAUAUGAGGAGGAAAGCUUCAACAUUAUCAAGACCCACAUCCAGCAGAUUUCCAAAGGGCUGCGCCACGACUUGUUCUUCAAAAUCAUGGAGAAGAUUUACAAGCGCGAGUGUUAGAAGCUGCUUAAGGAAGAGACACUAGCUUGGGUUACAGCAUUUUGUUGCAGGAAAACGUAUUAACUUAAGUAUAUAUGAACUAACUAGGGCUUGGCAUUUAGUGGGGCUUCCUGUGAGACAGCGCCGUUAGAGCAAUACCCCGAGUUUUUAGGUGUUAAGGUUUUUGUCUUAGUUUAUAUUUUUUAUAAUUAUAAAUAAGGUUUAAAGGUU